AUGCGUGGCGCGAGCACGGGGCGAGACUCCUCUGCCUCAGCUCCGCCUACCCAAGCGCCCAUGAAUUCCACCCCUGGACAGUCGGACCCGAACAGUCCUGAAUCGCCCCCAAAUCCAAGUCGCGCUGCCGCCGAGACCGAGAUUCAGCCCACCGAGCAGUCAAACCAGGCUUCAUCUGCCGUCGCAUCGGCAUCGAGUUCUCCCGAGGCUGCUGAAAGUGCAGACGCUCCGAAAAAGCACCACCUCCUGAUCCCGAUGCCGUCCAGACGCUCCUCGAAGAAGGCAGACAAACCUCCCGUGUCGGAACAGACCGAAGAGACUGGACGCAAAGAGCCGACUCGGCGUCCGUCGAAAGUGAGCAUCUUGAAAGCGGGCAGAGACCGGAGUAGGGCCAGCAGCCGCCGGUCGCGCCGGACGCAGCAGGACGUGGCGAAUGUGGAAGAGAGCAAAGAAACUCCUGCUCCCGCGAUAAACGGUCCCGCGAGACCUCAGAAGAAAGCACCUAACAAGUUGUUUGCUUUUCUGAGUUGCUGUUCUUCCCCGGACAUUGAUGCUGACGAUGCGACCCUGCCCGCAAAGAAGACGACCAAGCGGCAACCGGUUGGAGGCCGGUUGCCCACCCCCGACAAGGCGGAAGUCCACAAUGGCGACUCGAGCACGGCCGAGUCGAGAGACCCGGCAUACUUUGGUGAUGAGAAAGCGAGCUUGACAGUCAGCGCAGACCAAGCGCAGUCUCAGGCCGAGGAGGAACGCAGUUCAGCUGCGACUGAUGUGCAGGCAACGGCCGCGGGACUCAGCCAGCCUGAGGCUGGCGCCUCCCCUGUGUCCAAGGAACAGUCCGAGCAUCAUGCUACCAAUGGGACGAUAGCCGAGUCGAAAACGGAGGGCAUUCAGCGACCAAAUGAGCCUCCCAGCCCGGUGCCUGAAGAGCCGGCCGCUGAAGCAAUGUCACCCAAGAGGCCCGGCGACGGUGUUGAUGAGUCGUCCCAUGAAGAGGUGGUGCAGUCCACGACAGUACUUCCCCCGCCGCCACCAUUGGCGCCGCCCGCUCCCCAACCUCGCUCUGGAACCGACGAAGAUCAACAGUGGUUGUUGGGGCCUCCGCCGCCUCACCUCAAAAAUCGAAAAUGCCUUGUCCUUGAUCUUGAUGAGACUCUGGUUCACAGCAGCUUCAAGGUCCUUGAACGCGCCGACUUCACUAUCCCAGUGGAGAUUGAAGGCCAGUAUCACAAUAUCUACGUAAUCAAGCGGCCCGGUGUGGACCAGUUCAUGAAGCGCAUGGGCGAGUUGUAUGAAGUAGUAGUGUUUACGGCAUCGGUUUCCAAGUACGGUGAUCCUCUGCUGGACCAACUGGACAUCCACAGUGUGGUCCAUCACCGGUUAUUCCGAGAGAGUUGUUAUAAUCACCAGGGGAAUUAUGUGAAGGACCUUUCCCAGGUCGGACGAGACCUCCGGGAAACCAUUAUCAUCGACAACUCCCCGACCUCCUACAUCUUCCAUCCCCAACACGCGAUACCCAUCAGCAGCUGGUUCUCUGACGCGCACGACAACGAGCUGCUUGACCUUAUCCCCGUCCUAGAGGAUCUGGCAGGGGCGCAAGUCCAAGAUGUUAGCAUGGUCCUGGACAUCAGCCUCUAA